AUGGUUUUCGCCAUCCGCAACGUCCUGGGAACCACGGGUUUUCCCAGGGAUUUCCGCCCCUGCUCCGCGGUGCUGAGACUCAACGUUGUGGAAGCGACGGAAGUACAGCCACAGUCGGUGAGUAAUGCCCCGGUGGUCUGGUCUCUGGCCACCCUCCGAAUUGUGCAUCGCCCACUUCUGCAGGUUAUAUCUCUGGUGUGCGUGUCCAAUAUGGCACAGUUCAAGAGUUUCGAGCUUUCGACCACCCUCUGGGCCCUUGCAAAGCUUGGAUCCAUGGAGGACUCAGCUCCCGUGGAGAAGGCGGUCUUUUAUGCGGCCGCGACCCACAUCCACAACAACGUCAACGACUUUGGCUUUCGAUGUCUUGCGACGACCGCCUGGGCCUUCGCCACUGCAAAGCAACGCCACGCGCGGCUCUUCCGCAGCAUGGCGGCGGCGAUGUUGCCUGCGGCGGCGGGCGCCAACUGCCAGGAAAUGGCCAACACAGCCUGGGCCUUUGGCACUGCCGACUUCCAUGACGACGCUUUGUUUCAAGAAUUAGCCGAGCAAGCCAUUCAUCGGCUGGAGGAGUUUAAACCACAGGAAAUCUCCAAUAUGCUUUGGGGCUUUGCCACCAACAGCUUUUUCCACGAGGGUUUUUACGCUCGUGCCGGCAUGGUGGCACAAAAUAUGGAACUUCAGUCACAGCACUUGGCGAAUAUCCUUUGGGCCUUCGCGCGAGUGAGGCCGAAGCAUCCCUUGACACAGCAGACAGUGCUGGCACUGCUGCCUGUUUGCACGCGACAGUUGGCAACGUUUAAACCGCAGGAGGUCUCCUCAACUUUGUUGGCCACCGCCAAGGCCGUGGGAAGCGGCGACGAGAUGACGCCCCUGGCCCCGACCUUGGAGAAUUUUCGUCAGGAGGUGCUAGAUUUUUUCCAUGCUUGCUUGCCGUGGGUGGUGGCGAGGCUCCGGGACUUCUCGGAGCAAUCCUUGGCGAAUUCGGUGAGUGCAUACGCCAUGGUGCCAGUACGCGGGUCUGAAACUUUAGUGGAGUGUGCGGGACAGGAGGUCUCCAAACGCUUGAAGGAUUUGGAUGUCAAUGCUCUAGUGCACCUGUUAAAGGGCUUCUCUUUGUUCCCAACGAGCAACAGCAGCGUGAAGAUCGUGAAGGUCUUGGCCGAUAUCAUCGCUACACAGCUCGACAAAGUACGCGCUCAAGAGAUGCAAAGCCUUGGGAGGUUGCUGAACCGAGGCGCGGCACAACGAGAGCUUGACUUUGAAGAAAUCCAGAAGCGUUUGGUUUCCCUAGCACAAAACGUGCGCCAACAGAACGGCGAUUCGUCGCUGAGGUGGCGCUCUGGGGAAGAGGGGAAAGGUGCCAAUGCAGGUGGAUCAGGCUCCGGUGCAAAUGCAGGCUUGAAAAAAAAGGGGGCGGCCAUAGCGCAGCAACAGGCGCAAUUGCCGCAGGUUUCCGGCCUCUCCGGUGUGAACCCAGUGACGCAGAUGCCGCAGGUGUCUUUGCCGGUGCAGGGUGGCACUCAAAAGCGCCAGGGUGGCACUUCCGUUGAGGCCUCGAAUUUGGCCGAGAUGCAGGCCCAACUGGCGAUGGACAUGUUCCCUCAGGGCCGUCGAGCGCCGAUGAACCGGUUGCUUCGCGUGCCGCAGCACCACCAUUCCGCUGCUCGCGGGCGCAUGGGACACGAGGACGACUUCCUACAUCAGCAUCCCUUGUGUCCCAUCAGCGAGUCCGGAAUGAUGGCCGCAAUGGCCGGCUGCAAUUCUUGGGAGGGUGCGCUUCAACCUGGAGGAUGCCAAGGGGGAGAUUAUCAAGCAACUCCCUUGCUUGGCAACACAGGUGCCACAGCACCAUUGCCAGGACCAGGUUUCAUGAUGGAUGGGGCCUCGACGUCAGCGACGAUGGGCACAGCCCCGGCGUUGGGUGCCAUGCAUCCAGCCUAUCCUUCACUGCAGAUUCCAUCAACGUCCUUUCCGGGUUUGCAGGAUCCCAUGAUGAUGAUGCCAGCCACUAGCCUGGUGCCUGCGGCGCAGGUGCACGAGUCGAUGAUGUCGAUGCCCAAGCCUCCGGCCCAUGCCAGAAACAAUUGGGAAACUUCCCACAAGUUGUUUGUGAAGAAUUCCUUCCUGCACGUGGAGGACAGUGAUGAGGAGGAGGACGAUUGGAACUGCGAUGGAACCUCAUCCCAUCGCUCAUCAUCCAUGCCUAGCCGCAUCAGCCGUGACAAAGAGGACCGGCUUUACAAUCGUCUCCCUCCCGCUGAGAUGUUGGAGCUGUUGUAUUCCCUCCGGAACAAGCCGGCCGCGCCGGCACAUGGUGGAGGAGGUGCGGAAGGUCCAUCCGUGAGUCCGAUCUUGUCAGUCAUCGCCGAAGGCCAAGGAGCCACUUCGUCCACGCAAAGCGCCGCACCUUAUUCUGGCAGCACGUGA